AUGGGGGGCAUGGGGGACAAUGGGGGCACGUGGGGCAUUGAGGACAUUGGGGACAUGGGGGACACGGGGGGUAUUGGGGACAUGGGAGACAUUGAGGACAAUGGGGACAUUGAGGACAUGGGGGGCAUUGAGGACAAUGGGGACACGUGGGGCAUUGAGGACAUUGGGGGACAAACCCCCAUCCCCAUAACCCCCCAAAUACCCCAAACCCCCACCCCCAACCCCCCCCAAAAUACCCCCAACCCCCCCAAAAUACCCCCAACCCCCCCAAAACACCCCAACCCCCCGUCCCCCAGGCCCCCCCGCGGCGCCGUCAUCGGUUUCCUCAAGGUUGGCUACAAGAAACUCUUCCUGCUGGACCGCAACGGCGCCCACGUGGAGUCGGAGCCGCUGUGCGUGCUGGAUUUCUACAUCCACGAGUCGCUGCAGCGCCACGGCCACGGCCGGGCCCUGUUCCAGCACAUGCUGCAGAGCGAGAGGGUGGAGCCGCGGCGCUUGGCCAUCGACCGGCCGUCCCAAAAGCUCCUGGGGUUCCUGAGGAAGCACUACGGGCUGGACGAUGCCAUCCCGCAGGUGAACAACUUUGUCAUCUUUGAGGGUUUCUUCUCCAACCGCCCCGCCCCCCCGCGCCGGCCGCCCCCCAAGCGCCCCGAGGAGCAGAUCAAGCCGUAUUCGCUGUCUGAGCGCGACUUCCUGCGGGAGGAGGCGGAGCCUCCCUGGCCAUUCAACCUUCGCCCCGCCGGGGGGUCCCCGGUGCGCGGGACCCUCCGGCCCUUCGUGCGGCGGGACGGGCGGACGGAGCCGCCGGCGGGACAGACGGACGCCCCUCCCCCCCCACGCCGCGCCAGCUCCCUCGGACGCUGAGUGCGCCCCAUCCUCGCCCCAUAGCCCCCAGUUCCCGCCCCCACCCCCGGGGGGCGCUCCUCUUCCCCCCCCCCCCCCUCUCGUUUUUCUUACAUUUCAAUAAAAACGGUGAAUCUUCA